UUUCAUCAAGUUAUUCAAACCUUCGCAUUCGAGUUCGCUAGUUCUGCAGGUUCUUACAGCAGCAUCGUUAGUUUGAAGGUUACAGGAGGUCUGGAUUUCUCUGGAGCUAUUUUAAAGAAUGGUCUGUAGACUUUCGACUCGCUUACUAAAUAUCUGCAUAACUUCUUUGUGUAAAGCGUGGCAGUUAGAAAAGGCGGAAGUGGUUUUAAUUGAUGGUAUACGACUAGGGUAUCUCCCAGAUGUGGUAACUUAUAAUACAUUGAUUGCUGCCUAUUGUCGAUUAGUUGGAGUUCAUGAAGCAUACACAGUUCUUCGUAGAAUGAGGGAAGCUGGGAUAAACCCGGAUGUCAUUACUUACAAUGCUUUGAUUGCGGGUGCUGCUAGGUAUCGCUUACUACCACUAUGUCUCGACCUGUUCGAAGAAAUGCUUCAAAAUGACAUCAUUCCUGAUGUAUGGAGUUACAAUACUUUGAUGAACUGUUUCUUUAAAUCUGGACAGCCGGUGGAAGCUAACAGAAUCUUCCGCGAUAUGAUCCUAAGCAAUGUUUCUCCAUCUCCAACUACAUAUAACACCAUGAUUGAUGGCCUAUGUAAAGCAGGUUAUAGUGUUAAUGCCCUUCGGUUAUUCAGGAGCUUACAACGGCAUGGAUUUCUUCCCCAGUUAGUAACAUACAAUAUACUUAUUAAUGGACUUUGCAAAUCGGGUAAGUUAGGGGAAGCGAGAAUGAUCUUGAAGGAGCUUGGCGAAUCUGGUCAUGUCCCAAAUGCCAUAACUUACACUUCUGUUAUGAGAUGUUGCUUUAGACAUGGGAAAUUCGAACAGGGGUUUGAGAUUUUCUUAGAGAUGAAGGGUAAAGGUUAUACUUUUGAUUCUUUUGCAUAUUGUACAGUAAUCAGUGCUUUGGCUAAGAUGGGUAAGCCAAAAGAGGCUAAUGAUUACAUAGAAGAAAUGUUGAGGACUGGCUUUGGGCUUGAUAUAGUGUCCUAUAAUACUCUGAUUAAUUUGUACUGUAAAGAGGGCAAGCUGGAAACUGCAUUUCAGUUGUUGUAUGAGAUAGAAAAAUGUGGGAUGCAAAGUGAUGAAUACACUCACACAAUCCUAGUUGAUGGAUUAUGCAAGAUAGGUGACAUUGAUGGGGCCCAACGUCACUUGGAGUAUAUGAAGAGGAUGGGAUUUGAAUCAAACUUGGUGGCAUGUAACUGCUUGAUUCAUGGGUUAUGUAAGGUGGGUAAGGUGGAUUAUGCAAUGAAGGUAUUUGAAAAUAUGGAGCUAAAGGAUUCUUUUACCUAUGAUUCCCUAGUUCAUGGUCUUUGCAAGGCAAGGAAGUUCCUUUUAGCAUCCAAGCUCCUGCUUUCUUGCCUGAGAAAAGGUAUGAAAGUUCUUAGUUCUACCAAACGGGCUGUUAUUGCUGGUCUUCGUUCUUCAGGACUUAGAAGGGAGGCAAAAGAGCUCCGGUCAGCAAUUUGGAUGGCUAGGAUUUUACAUUGGUGAGAUAGGUUAUAGUGCAAACAAGGGGGUGGAAAAAGGGUAUAUUGGGUAGACUCGGCAAUAUUACAUGAAAGUCAUUAGAGGAGUGAAUAAUCUCAGUAUAUUCCAUUUAGCUUCUUUAUUGCAAUGGUUGAUCAAUGAAGUUGCUUUAAGUUGAUGGAGAUACAACUGAACUCCAUUAAAAUGGAUUAAAUGGCUAAUCAAGUUUCUCUAACUCUCCAUAUGAUGUGGAUGCUCUUCAUGGAGUUUACUGCUGUUGUAAUACCACUAAGGACCUGACUUUCCUUUUGCUUGUUCUCAAAGAGAAAUUUGUGUCAAAUCUUCUCCAUGUGUUGGAGCAGCUUAGUGGGCAGACCCCCAUUUUCUCAAAGGCUAGGUACACCAUUCGGUCUUUUGGUAUAAGAUGCAAUGAGAAGAUUCCAUGCUACAUCAGAGUCAAGGGUUAGAAGGCGAUGCAACUUCUGGAGAGUGAUACUGGAUACUUUGGUUUCAGUAUUCAGGAGCAUAUUGAUUUGGGUAUCAAAAAUGAUGAAAUGUCAGUUAUACUCUUCUGUUAAAAUUGGCAAUAAAGACAUGCAAUUACUGUUCGAGGAGAGGAGAAACUCCAUUACCGCUGCAACUUUCAACUGGCAGUGUGACUGUGAAGAAGAUAGACGGAGAUGGUGAAAUGCCAUUUUAUUUGGUUUGUUUCAAGGGAAUGCGAGGAGGUUUGGCAGAAAAAUGAAAAAGAGGAAUGAAGUUAAAAGUAGGAGAGAAUAAAUAGAUGGAGACGGGUCCAAAAUAUGGAUGCCACCGCUGGCGUCAGAGACAGGAUUUCCUUUCAGCAAUGGGAGGUAUAGAGUCACGGAGAUGAGGGGCCCUCAUUACACUCUUUUGAGCCAAAAUGUUCUUCAGGAUAUUUUUGAAUGUAUGGGAGAUUCUGUUGAUGGGUCGGAGUUCGCUGGAGGCUCACACAGUUUGAUGCCAAAAGCUUUUAUCGAAGUAUAUGUUGGUACAGAAGACUGGGCUGAACAUUUGAUUCGUGGAGGACCAUCUGCUUUCAAAAAAUAUGUGGAGGAAUGCAAAAAUCUGGGGUUUGAGACAAUUGAGCUAAAUGCAGGGUCACUUACCCUUCCUGAAGAAACUUUCUUGAGAUUUGUGCGCCUGAUUAAAAGUGGUGGAUUGAAAGCAAAACCUCAAUUUGCAGUGAAGUUCAACAAGUCUGACAUCCCAGUAGCUGGUGAUAUAGCAUAUGGGGCAUAUAUAGCUCCAGUUCCUUGAACAUCUGAAAUUGUUGAGGAUGUAGACUUGCUAAUCAGAAGGGCUGAGAGGUGCUUGGAAGCCGGAGCAGAUAUGCUGAUUUGCCUAGGACUUGAAAAGACCAUGUUCUUGCACAGGGUUAUCCUUCUCUAAACAAUUUUCUCUCACGCUCAGCUCCUGCGAUUGCAGGGCUUCGAUUAUUCGUUCCUUUCCUUCUCUUUCAUUCUUUUGGAGCCCUCGAUCGAAUCUAGUGUAAUAUCAUUAAAUUACAUCUUAUGCAAAAUAUUCUUAUAACCUCCA